CCGCCCUUCCCUGCCCCCCACCGCCGCAGCUUCCCUUCCCUGUUCUCGCUCCCCGUCCUCUCCUCGGCGUGACUGUACUCGCACGACCCAGCUCGUCGAAGGAGAAGCUCCUGGAGGAGUAGCAGAAGCUCUCCGUUUCGUCGACGACGCCGUCUUCUCCUUCCUCCUCCUCCUUCUCGUCUCAGGGGCGACCACGGCGCUGGGUUUUUUCACAUCCGCAGGAGAUUGAUGGGUGUGGAGGGAAAAUAGACCCAACCCAGCUCUGAAUCGGAUCCCAGCUUCUCUGCUCCCCAAACCCAGGACUUGAAAUCUUAGCCUUCUCAAGUCUAGUGCUGGGGGCUUCUUAGGCGAUUUGAUCAAAUGGAACUUUGAGAAGUUCUUGGUGGACAAGAACGGUAAGGUUGUCGAACGUUAUCCGCCAACAACAUCGCCUUUCCAAAUCGAGAUUUGAAAUUAUGGACGAAGCAACUAGUAACAAUCCCAUGGCUAGCUCUACCGGCACACCUUCCGAAAGAGUUCUGCCAACGAAUGUUAGUGAGAGUGAACAAGGUGCAUUCGGAACUUCAGAUGUGUGGCCACACUUUACAAGAAUGAAUUGGUCGGAUAAGCCAAAUAGACUUGCUGGUUGCAAAUACUGUCCAAAGCAAUUGAAGUGUGCAUCUACUUCUGGGACUAGUAGUUUGAGAAGACAUUUGCAAAGAUGUAAAGUAUACCCGUAUAGUGAUGUUAACUUGAAGAGUAAUAGAACUCCUAACGUUCAGGCAACUGGUGUUCAUGGUACUAGCAGUGCAUCUCCCUCUUUUGUAGCUCAAGCAUAUGACCCAACUGUCUCAAGAAUGAAGCUUGCUAGAAUGAUUAUCAUAGACGAGUUAGCUUUUAGACAUGUUGAGCGUGAAGGAUUU